UCGUCGCUCAUUAGUGAUUAAAGAACCAAAAGAGAUUAGAAGCAUGGCGUUUUCUUUGAGCCUCAAGUCCUCUUUCUUACUCUUCCUCGUUUCCUCCAUGUUGAUUGUUGAAGUUUCAAUAGCUGGUGGAGAAGGAUCUGUUCGCAUACAAGAUUGUGGGAAGGCAUGCAAUUAUCGUUGCUCAAAUACACAAUACAAGAAUAAUUGUCUACUCUUUUGCAACAAGUGCUGUAAAAAAUGUCUGUGUGUACCGUCGGGCACAUAUGGGAACAAGCAAGAAUGCCCAUGCUACAAUAAUUGGAAGACUAAGGAAGGUGGCCCCAAGUGCCCUUAAGUCUCUCUCUACCCAUAAGAAAGUAUUCUUGUUUAAAGACAGUAUUCUACAAUGAAAUAAAUGUGUUGGUUUCGUAUAUUUUACCUUCUAUGGUCCAUUGAUGGCAAAAGAGUUUUAUUUAAUUUGAGUUUUCGUA